GUUGAAGUCCGCAUGCAUCCAUCCAUUCGGUCAAUCAGUCACAGUCGGUCGGUCCGUUGGUCGGCUGGCCAUGUCAACGCCAUAAUGCCUGUCAAAACAUCCUCGCACCACUCGUGACUACUCACAAAACCCUCCUGGCUGCUGCUGAAUGCGCACACGCACACGCCAAAUUGCUCCAGCCACGACUGACCGCAAUCUUGACCUCCAACACAUUCGCGACUACGCCACGCAGCAUCGUUCAGCUUCGCUGCCUCACGCUUCCCAACCAUCACAUUCAGGCGCGGCAUCGCAUCUUCAAAGCACAGCUCGUCUCGCUCUCCAGCAAUCAAUAGCAGUCGACGCUCCUAAAGAUUCUAGUCAGGUCAUCAUGGCGGGUCUCGGUCCUCUCGAGGGCCUCGCCAGGAGGCCACAGCGAUUGAUUCUCUUGGCAGCCUUGGUGCUUCUGCUACUCUCCCUGACCACAUGGCUGUCCGUGGAUCCGACGGGUGUGGAGACGGUGCGACAACAAUGGGGCAGCAUACCCCGACCAUGGCAGCGACCCGGAGGUUCAUCAGCAGGUGAUUAUGCCGGAGGCUCUGGCGUUCCAUCUGUCGAUUCGGCAGUGAAGGACAUGUACACGCAUUCACCCGGUAUUCCCCAAACUCCUGAGGAGCUCAAGCAAUGGGCCACAAAGGGCGACGAUGGGAACCUCUACCCGCCAAGCUUCAUCCCUUCUCAGGCCAACCAGGCUCCUCGUGCCAAGGCUGGAUUCAUCGUGCUGGUGCGCAACGGAGAGUUGGCAUCGAUGAGGGAAAGCAUGCGAGAUGUGGAAGAUCGCUUCAACCGCAAGUACGGCUAUCCUUGGAUCUUUUUGAAUAACGAGCCAUUCACAGACGAUUUCAAAAAGGGAGUCAAGCAGAUGACCAGGUCCGAAGUUCGCUUCGGAUUUGUAGAGAAAAAGCAUUGGGGCUAUCCAGAAUGGAUCGACCAAAACAAAGCAGCAGACACUCGCAAGCAAAUGAAGGAAAAAAAAAUUAUCUACGGAGACUCCGAGUCUUAUCGCCACAUGUGCCGAUUCCAAAGCGGCUUCUUCUUCCAGCAUCCUCUUACUAUGGACCUCGAUUAUUAUUGGCGCGUUGAGCCGGGAAUCAAGCUAUACUGCGAUGUGGACUACGACCCUUUCGUCUUCAUGCAGAUGAACAAUAAGACAUAUGGAUUCACAAUGGCGCUGCACGAAUACAUCGAGACCAUCCCGACUCUAUGGUCAACCACGAAGAAGUUCGUAGAAGAGAACCCCCAAUACGUUGCCAAAAAUAAUGGCAUUCACUUCAUGACGGACGAGCCGGAGCGCUUCAUGGACCCGGGCUAUAAUUUGUGCCACUUUUGGUCCAAUUUUGAGAUUGGUGACCUACGGUUCUGGCGAGGCGAAGCUUAUCAGAAGUACUUUGAAUUCCUGGACAAGUCUGGCGGGUUCUUCUACGAGCGAUGGGGAGAUGCACCAGUCCACUCCAUUGCGGCCAUCCUUUUCCUGGACAAGGCCAGGUUGCAUCACUUUGAUGACAUCGGAUACUUCCACAUGCCGUGGAAUCACUGCCCCACCAACAAGAAGUAUCACGACACUGGUCGCUGCAACUGCGACCCCGCAAAGUCUUUUGAUCGAGAGGGAUACAGUUGCUUGAAAGAAUGGUGGCGAACCUCGGUCGAAGGAGAGCCCAAAAGAUGAGAUUCUUUUGCGAUGAGCUUGAGAGCAGGUCUCCCACAUUCCCUUCUCCGCUUAGAAGAUUGUAGCCUAUCACAGCAUUCCACGCAUCGUCCUGACCCAACGGAAUGCACACACGCGCAAAAUGACCCACGCGGCUGACCCUUCAUUCACAAGCGAUCCACGCGGCGCGCACCUGAGCAUCAUGUCAAUUCUGAAC